AUGGCUUCUGAAGGUCUCUCGACGAAGGAGAUCCUCCUUGAUGCUGUUGAGCAAACAAUCGGAGCCGAUCUACUCAAGACCAUCCAGCCUACUGACGUCUCCAACGUGGACCAAGAUGUCAAAGGCCCCGCUAUCACUCAGGCUCCGGUAUGUAGCACCCAGCUGCCUGUCCCUCCGGUUUUCCAAGCCGCCAUGGAACGUAACAAUGGCUUGUGGGAUAUAGUUGUCGGGCUAAAGGAACACAUACCUCGCUGGGCUCCUGGGUCAGUUAUCAGGUGGACCGCCUGGCGAGCCGGAUUCAAAAGCCAGGACGAUGCCGACUACGCUGCUCAGCAGCUCAAUGUUGCUGCAGAGAAAUGGAAUGAAGCUGACGUUGGUGUGACUUUCGAAUGGGUACCGCUAGCUAAAGAUGCUACCUUUGUUUUGACCAAUGGUGGUGCCAAUGGAACAACCCUCGCGAGAGCCUUCUUCCCCAAUGGCGAGGAUCUCAACUAUGUUUUCGUGUACUCUUAUGCAUUUAGCCAAGAGUGGAAGCCACACAUGUGGAAUGUCUUCAUGCACGAGCUUGGGCAUGUCAUCGGUCUGCGUCAUGAAUUCGCUAUCGGGGACGUUCGUGACGAGAUGACUGCAGAUAGAGAGGGCGAGAGGGCUGUUCGUAUCGGUGCGCCUGAUCCAAUGUCUGUCAUGAACUACCGCAACGAACCGCCUCAGCUCCAGCAGUCCGACAUCGAGUCAACACGCAACUUCUAUCGUAUGACCGAAGACGCCAAUGGCAAGAGCCCCGCGAUUGGCAUGACACAGAUUAUUGAUUACACCCCUCUUUGA